CUUGUACUACAAAAUUGAGACUUCCGCUUCCAUGUCCUCAGAGCUUACAUAUAACAUCGACGCCUCCUCUGGCUCUUCACCAAGUUCAGGCUUUCCUUCUUCUCCUUCUGCUGCAACCUCAACUACUUUUCCGGAUUUUUCUAAGAAAUUUACAUCAACUUCAACCAUUGAAAACAAUGAAACCGUAGAAGUUGUUAAUAAAAAAGAGUCUGAUAUUAUAAACGGAAUCGGCGAAAAGUUGUCUUGUGUUUCAUUGAAUAGCGAUAUGCACCCCGAAAAAGAAGUCAACAGCACACAUAAGUUUCAACAGAUUUCAAAAGCAGAAAAAGAGCACCUUAACGUCAUAAUUAUAGGGCACGUUGAUGCCGGAAAAUCUACAAUAGGGGGGCAUCUGAUGGUUUUGACUGGGCAAGUCGAUGCUCGGACACUCGCCAAGUACGCUGCUGACGCCAAAUUAAUUGGAAGAGAAAGCUGGUAUCUCUCCUGGGCUCUGGAUACUAACGAGGAAGAACGGGAAAAGGGCAAAACGGUAGAAGUCGGGAGAGCACACUUUUGCACAGAAAACAAAAAAUUUACCAUCUUGGAUGCACCCGGCCAUAACUUGUACAUCUCACAAAUGAUUUCGGGUGUAUCCCAGGCAGACAUUGGGAUUUUGGUUAUUUCUGCACGUAGAGGCGAGUUUGAAGCGGGUUUCGAGAGGGACGGCCAAACUAGAGAGCACGCAUUGCUGGCAAAAACGGCGGGGGUACGUUUUAUGGUGGUGCUAGUUAAUAAAAUGGACGAUAUCUCUGUGGAGUGGAGUAGUCAACGGUAUAAUGAAAUUUUAGAAAAACUUGUACCAUUUCUGAAGAAGUUUGGUUACGUGAACGGUAGAAAUGCGUACUUUAUUCCCUGUUCUGGACUCACGGGCGCAAAUCUUAAGGAUCCUUUGCCAGAGGGUUUUUUUCCAGCUUACAAGGGUCCCUCGCUUCUGCAGUUUCUUGAUCGCAUGAAGCCCAUCCCACGGCAGCACAAUGCCCCAGUAAGACUUCCUAUUCUGGACAAAUACAAAGAUAUGGGCGUCAUUAUAGCCGGGAAACUCGAUUCCGGCAUGAUUCAGCUGGGAAAGAAGUACACGCUGAUGCCGAACAAAAUUGUGGUCGAAGUGCAGCAGAUUGUUAUUGACGAGGAAGAGGCGGAAGUAGCGCCUUCCGGAUGCAGUCUCAAGCUGAAGAUUAAAGGCGCAGAAGAGGACGACGUGCAUCCGGGUCAUGUCUUAUGCGAAAGCUCCCAUCUCUGUCCGGCCAUCGAGAAGUUUGACGCCGUUGUUCGCUUUAUGAACUUGGAAGGGGGCAUCGUCACUUCCGGCUAUACUUGUGUCCUGCACUGCCACGCUUUGAUUGAGAACGCUACGCUCUUGAAAAUAAUAGGGAAAGUCGAUGAUAAAGGGGAGCUUAACAAGAAGCACAUGUUCCCCAAGUUCGCGAGAAGCGAUGAAAUGGUUAUGGUACGCCUGCAAACUGAUGGGAGGGUCUGCGUAGAAACGUUUAAAGACUUUCCCUCACUUGGAAGGAUUACUCUAAGAGAUGAAAAAAGAACAGUUGCCAUUGGAAAGAUCACCAAACUUGUGGGAUGAGUAAACUUCAUCCGAUAAUAAAAACCUCUGCAAC